ACAUGAUCCAACCUAUAUACUUACCAGAUUUUAACAUUCUUAUAAUAAAAUUCAUUGUAUAACAAAUUUAGUAUGAGGCACAAAAUAUUUGUAUAGCAAAUAGACAAUUAUUUCUAAAUUUUAACUAUAUAUGAAAUUUAAUUUUUCAUUUGAUCUACCUCAAAAAACACAACCUUUAAUAUUUUUUCUACAAUACCUUCGUUCCUGGCAAUUAAUUUAUUUGAUAGAAACGAAAAAUGGAAAAUAAAGAUGACAACUCACAAAAAACAAAUUUAUCACGUGCAUUCGUUAAUUGGUACAAUGAUCCUCAAAGGAUGUUUACUUUUAGUAUUCCUGAAAAAUCAAUAAAUUUAGAUUCUUCAAAAAACGAGAGAAUUCAAUCUGAAACAUAUAAAAAUUUAAGCAUCGGUUCGGGAAUAGAGUCAGAUAUUGAGGAUAAUUUAAGUGAUACAGGGACAAAUUAUGAAACAAAAUAUGAUCCAUCCAUAGAUGACAAUUUACCAGAUACAGUUACAAUACUCAAAACACCAGAAGGAGGGAAAUUAUAUUUAAUUGGAACUGCACAUUUUAGUGUUGAAAGUCAAAAUGAUGUUUCUAAGAUUAUUAAUGCUGUACAACCUCAUAUAGUGAUGGUCGAACUUUGUAAACAGAGAAUGCAAGCUCUUCAAUUAGAUGAGGAUACUCUGCUUAAAAAAGCACAAGAUAUUGGUAUUGAAGAUAUUCGAGCUGCAAUAAAGAAACAUGGAGUUACUAGUGGAUUAAUGUUUAUAAUUCUUUUAACAAUGUCAAAGCAUGUGACCAAAGAAUUAGGAAUGGCGCCAGGAAGCGAAUUCCGCACAGCUUUUAAUGAGGCAAAAAAGAUUCCAAAUUGUAUUUUUCACUUGGGUGAUCGACCAUUGAGUAUAACAAUGCAACGUGCUUUUCAUUCUUUAUCAUUUUGGGAAAAAAUUAAAUGUGGAUGGAAAAUAUUAUCAUCAAGAGAUUCAAUAACAAAAGAAGAUGUGGAAAAAUGUAAAAAUCGUGAAAAUUUAGAUGCAGUUAUUGCAGAAUUAACUGAUCAAUUUCCAUUAUUGGCUGAAGUUUUUGUAAAAGAGCGAGAUCUCUUUUUAACAUAUUCACUUCAAUUGUCUUGUCAACCACAUUUAACAAAUAAACAAACAAUUAUUCCAACAAGAGCUGUUGGAGUUGUUGGAAUGGGACAUGUACCAGGAAUAAUACAAAAUUGGGGAAAAGUUAAUAUGAAUCAUAUUCAACCAAUAAUGAUAGUUCCACCUCGAUCGCUAUCGAGUAAAAUAAUUCGUUUCACUGUGAAAGCAACAUUAGUGGGUUUUGUAAUUUACGUUGGUUACAAAAUAAUUCCUCUUCCAUCAACUCAAACUUUAGAAUCAUUAAAGUCAUCGGUUAAGGGACUUGUCAAGCGAUUCUCUAAUAUUGUGUCUUCCACUGACUGAUCAAACGAUAAUGGAUGUAAAAAACUGCGUAGACGAAUAUUAUCAUCCAACAAUGGAUCUUAUAUACACAGAAAAUAAUAUACCAGGACCAGGAAUAGAUUUUAUUGAAU